GUUCUAUGCUUCUUUAUGUAACCUAAAUCUAGGCUUGUCUAAAUUAUUUUUAUAGAUUCCUAUUAUUAUUUAUCUUUGUUCAAACUUUUUACUCUAGAAAGCUAUUUCUAGUUUUCGUUAAAAAUUUUGUUUGUUUUAUAGGUGUAUAUUUCACUUGAACUAAUCUGAGGGUAAUCUGAGUAUCUGUUUGUAUUACAUGGGAUCUUUAGAAAAUGAACUUGCAGAAGUUAAAUGUUUAUGUGAAAAUGUUGUUCAAGGCUCAAAACUUGUAUCUUGUGUCAGCUCUAUGGUGCGAGUUGAAAUAAAAAGAACUCAAUUCAAGAAAAUUAUUGUCUGCCUAUAUUUUCCUCGAGAAUAUCCAAACUCUCCAAUCUUGGUCGAGUUGAAGAGUAAAACAUUGUCAGCACAUCUUUUAGAGAAACUGACGCGCUCUUGUGAAAAAGAGGCUGAAAAGUAUUUGCAUCAACCACAAAUACUGAUUGUAUUGAAGUUUUUAAGAAAAUAUAUUGACGAAACUCCUUUAGCAUGUUGCUAUGAUGAAAUAAACGAGUUGAAGUUGAAACUAGAUCAGAAUCAAGAUGAGAUGAAAUUGAGACAGAAAACUUCUUCGAUUAUUUUCAAAGUAAAAAGAGAUAGAUAUUUCUUAGAGUGUAGAAUUGAAAUACCAGAUGAUUAUCCAUUAAAAAAAAUAGAGUUUGAAGAAGUGAAAACAAAUUUCUCAGCGGCCUUGAACACACAUAUUAUAGCACAAGCUAAAGAGAUAGCUAGAAAAUGUGUUGAGCCUCCUCUAAAAAAGAAUAAGAAUGAGGCUCCUUUUCAACCCACUCCUUCCCUGAAGAAAACUAUAGAAUUUCUUAUAAAUUGUGUGAAGAAUUUUCCUCAAGAAAAAUGUCAAAUCUGCGAUAAACUCUGUCUUCCUGAAAAUCCAGCAUUACUAGAGCUUGAUGAAAAAUCACCCAACCACAUUGAAAGGGUAUAUUGUGGACACCUUUUACAUUCACAGUGCCUCUUGGAUUUUAUGAAAAAGCCUCCUUUUGGCAAUAAGAAGUGUAAAAUAUGUGGUCAUAAAUUAUGUCAUUUUAAGUGGACUCUAACUGAUAAGUUGGCAGAAAAUCGUUGGGCUCAUGAGCAAGCCAGGGAACGUGAAUUAGCAGAAGUAACAGAUUUUUUCAAUUAGGUCUAAUGUACUCUCGAAUUUCAAUAAAAUUAUUUUGAUUUAUAAUCAAAUUUCAGUAUUGGGAUAGAAAGAUAUUAGUGGUAAUUCUGAUAAUAACACUACAAAUUAUUGUAAUAUAUUCUUUUAUUAUCAAUCAAUGUGUUAUGUAAAAACAAAAACUAAUUGAUUUUCAUUUUCAAAUUUAUAUGCUGAUUGUCUUGGUUCAGUCCAAAGUUACACUAUUUCCAACAUGUUGAGUUCUUUAAAAAUUGCUUCAAAUAAAGGAUGUAAUUUCAUUCUUUUUCUAAUUGGCAUUCAACUUCCUUGUUUGCAUUUUCUAUGUUUGCACUGUUCCAUUAGAGCUGCUAGAGAGGAAUAAUACAAUAUAUUUUCUGAUAAUACUAAUAUAUCUGGAAUUGGCCAAUAAAAAACAAAAUAUUUAUUA